AACUUUACCUCUCUUCAACUCCGUUUUUUUUUCGUUCUUGAAUUCAGCAUCAUCAACGCACCAGAAAUAUCUGCUAAAUUUUCGGGGGAAAUUUUUUAUCAUGAAUCCGGGAUCGACAGAAUAUGUCAAUAGGACGAGGAGGGCUACCAAUCCAGGGGGAAAUGUUAAGGGCCAGAAGCCAACAUGCAAGACGUUUCAUACCGGAAAGAGGAUUAUUAAACCUUUUGUUGAUUCUAAAUCUAGAUCAAAAUCAUAUUGUAAAAGACGGGACACUUUGUUUCAAAAGGCGAAAGACAUAUUUCAAUCGACUGGAACAGAGGUUUCAUUGCAAACCAAAAGUCUGUCCGGGGAGUCCCGUCAUUUUCAAACAGGAUACUUUCAGAAGUUACAAAAUGAAGAUAAAGGCACAGCCACAGCCACGAGUGCAGUUGAGCAGACUUGUACUACCAGCGCAACAACAGUUACCAUUGGUACACAGACUGGUAUAAAGGAUGAGCAACAUCCUAAAACCCAUUGCCAGGUUUGUGGUAUCAAUGACGACAAGCCAGGAAAAUGGUGUUGGCUUGGAUGUGAAGCACCCAAUUAUUGCUACAGUAGUGUACAUACCUCUUCCAAUCUGUCAAAGUUCCUGCAUACCCUCAACCAUCUUUGCUCAGUUGGAACUCCAGGUGGCAUCCACAUCUUGCAUCUUCGGUUCCGGGCCUCUACCACAAAAUCACCAGCCUCACCUUUGCUUUCAUUUCCGGACACAGAAAAUGAUUCGGUUGAUUCCAGAAAUUCACUGACCUCCGAUGGUGCCUGAACUCUGACCUUCAGAUCUCUGACCUCUAGCUCUUGGUAGUGUGUCAUGUUCAUCCCAUAAAACAGGUCGCUAAAAGUAACACGGCUACACAUAAUGGCGCUGCUGUUAUUGCGCCGAAUUCCAGCCCGAAAAGUAUACAAAGACAGUAGAUACGUGAACACAAUUUUCAUGACGAACAAGUAAUUGGGGUCAAGGACGUCUGAUGUCCACCUAAAAUAAUCUCCAGCAGAAACUGCACCACCAGUUCCCAAACGCUCUCUGAAAUACGGCACAAGAAGUUCGUCGGCCAUACCAAAUAACGCGAUAUCUAUCAUUUGAAAACUCUUGUGGUGGUCACAUGCUGCUUUUGCUGCCAGUUGGGAUUUUGGACUGUUGAAGCCAAGCAUCUUGGCCAAAUCCUUUAUAAAUACCUCCCACAAGAGUUUAAAAGCACAUUUGACCAUGUUGAUUUCAACAUGUCCAAGUCCAGGUUGCAACAAUAUAUUCUUGAAUUUUAAAAACUGUGACAGAUCGCAUAGUGCAACAUCUUGUUGGUGAUUGUCGUUC